UGGGAAUGCCUCCUCUCUGCCUUUGGCUCGGAGCACUUUGAGUGACGCGCGCGCAGGAGCGCAUCAUUUCUGCUCGGAAGGAAAGGACGGCCGGGCGAGAGAGAGAGAGGGAGAGAGAGAGGGAGAGAGUGUGAAAGAGAGAAAGAGAGAGAGAGAGAGAGGGAGAACGAGCGCGCGGCCGCCUUCUCUCUGAUCGUCACGCGCGAGGACUUUCUGAAUUUUCCCUUUAACCGGAUGGCUGUAUGAGAGACUCGGUCCGGCCAUCUCAUCAUCUUCUUUCUCUUCUCCGUCUCCUCUGGGACGUACGAGUCCUUUCUGUCUGUACCGGGCCGCGCUCGGUAUAGAACACCCAAAGCGAGUCCAGUCCCAGUUAGUGUCCGUCGCACGCGCGCUGUCUGUAGACGGCCAUGGAUAGCCAAAUAAAGUGGAAAGCGAAACGGAGGCUAAAGGGCGCGCGGCUUGCUUUAGCGAUGCUCGUGCUUUUUGCCGCAGCAACCACGUCGUCGCGCGCUGGACCAGUGGAUUCAGCUGACCUCCUGAAGAUUUUAGAUUUUCCAAGCUUGCCUGACGGCAUAACAAAAACUACAGGCUUCUGCACACACAGGAAGUCAUCGAAAGGGCCUGAUGUAGCCUACAGAGUAACCAAAGAUGCUCAGCUCAGUGCUCCUACGAAACAGCUCUACCCCUCUUCCAUUUUUCCAGAAGACUUCUCCAUCGUGGCGACUUUGCGGCCAAAUAAGGGUAGUCAGGCAUUCCUACUGUCCAUCUAUAAUGAACAGGGCAUGCAGCAGCUGGGCAUUGAGGUGGGCCGCUCACCUGUCUUCCUCUAUGAGGACCACCUGGGAAAGCCAGGCCCUGAGGACUACCCUCUCUUCAGAGGAGUAAACCUGGCUGACGGAAAGUGGCACCGUGUGGCGCUCAGCGUCCAUAAGCAGAGUGUUACACUGAUUGUGGACUGUAAGAAGCAGACGACACGCAAGUUGGCACGAAGCCUGAACCCCGUCAUUGACACUAAAGGCAUUGUGGUGUUUGGUACACGAAUUCUGGAUGAAGAAGUGUUUGAGGGUGAUAUUCAGCAACUGAUGAUUAUAGCAGACCAUCGUGCUGCAUAUGACUACUGUCAACAUUAUAGCCCAGACUGUGAGGUUCCUGCCCAGGAGCAGCCGCAAAACCAGGACCCCAACACGGACGAAUAUAACACAGAAGACGACACCUACUAUUAUGAGUACCCGUACUACGAUGACUUGGAUGCAGAGAAGAAUGAGGAGUCAUCAGUCACCCCUGGCAAGGUCACAGACUCAGGACCAAGUGACACAUCCAACACAAGGGAAACCAUAACUACAGUAGGUGGUGGAGCAGGACAUUCCGGUGGCUCGACUAGCAGUUCAUCGAGCAGUUCUUCUAGUAGUUCUUCGAGUGGUACCUCUACCACGGGAACUGGCAGCGAGUCAUAUGAUGACUAUGAUGAUCCCGGGUAUGAUACGACAUAUUAUGACGAGUCGACUUCCUCGCCUGACGGCUCUAUAACAAUCACAAGCACAGGCACAGGUACGGGGGAUGACCUGGACCUGAGCAGUAGAGUGGAUCUGGGGCUGGGCGGAGAAGGGGAGAAACACAUCGUCACCUCAGUAGGAGGAGGAGGAGGAGGAGGAGGCAUCCACACUUCCAGCACUGGUGGCUCUGGUUCUAGCACUGGAUCUGGUUCAAGCAUUAGAAUUGGCUCAGGUUCUAGCACCAGUUCGGGAUCAAGUGCCGGUUCUGGUUCUAGCACUGGAUCUGGUUCAAGCAUUAGAAUUGGGUCAGGUUCUAGCACCAGUUCAGGAUCAAGCGCUGGUUCUGGUUCCAGCACAGCAUCUGGCUCUGCUUCCACCUCUAUUACAGGAUCUGGAUCUGUUUCCACAUCCAAUGCGGGAUCUAGUUCCAGUUCCAGCUCCAGCCCGGUGGAUAAUUAUGAUGGCUAUGGCUAUGGGGUGAACUAUGGAGAGGAGUACAUUGAUGGUUUCAGUGAGGGCGAGGACGCUGUUGGAGGAGGAGGCAGCAGCAGUAGUGCUUCUGUUGGGGGUGGAUCUGUUUCUGUUGGGGGUGGAUCUGCUUCCGCUGGGAGCGGAUCAGUCUCAGUUGGGGGCAGCUCUGUUUCUGGUGGAGGUGGUUCAGUCUCUGUUAGUGGUUCAUCUGGAGUUGGUGGUGGAUCUGCUAGCGCUGGGGCUGGCGCAGGAGCAGGAACAGGCCAGAGAGUAGAUGGCGAGGAUGCAGAUUAUACAGACUUUGAUGGAUUUAAGGAGGAGUCCAUCACGGACCUCACUGACUCUGACCUGGACAAGGUUUACAGUGAUUACAAAGACUACUACAGUGAAGUCUUGCCUGCUGAGACUGACAAUUACCAGGUGGAAGGAUCCAGAGGAGAGAAGGGGCAGAAAGGAGAGCCAGCCAUCAUUGAACCAGGAAUGUUGGUGGAGGGCCCGCCUGGUCCUGAGGGCCCAACUGGUCUACCUGGUCCUCCAGGAACAUCGGGAUCCCCAGGCUCCCCCGGAGAUCCUGGAGAGACUGGUCCUCCUGGUCGCCCUGGUCUUCCUGGAGCUGAUGGACUGCCAGGACCCCCAGGGACUGUCCUGAUGUUACCAUUCCGGAUGAGCUCAGGGGGAGAUGGUGGCCAUAAAGGACCUGCAGUUUCUGCUCAAGAGGCUCAGAUGCAGGCCAUCAUGCAGCAGGCCAGGCUGGCAAUGAGAGGUCCAACUGGUCCUAUGGGCUUGACCGGUCGUCCUGGACCUCUGGGUCCUCCUGGUGUGUCUGGACUUAAAGGUGAAUCUGGAGACCAGGGACUUCAGGGUCCUCGUGGUCCGAUGGGUUCUAUUGGUCCUCCUGGAAAGCCUGGUAGAAGAGGUCGUCCUGGAUCAGAUGGAGCCAGAGGCAUGCCUGGACAAACUGGACCAAAGGGAGACAGAGGUUUUGAUGGCCUAGCUGGAUUACCUGGAGAAAAGGGACAUCGGGGUGAGUCAGGACCUCAAGGACCCCCUGGACCCCCAGGAGAGGAUGGAGAAAGAGGAGACGACGGUGAGGUUGGACCUAGGGGUCUUCCUGGCGAACCGGGUCCUCGUGGUUUGUUAGGACCCAAAGGACCUCAGGGACCUCUUGGAACUCCUGGCGUGACAGGAAUGGAUGGCCAUCCUGGUCCAAAAGGAAACAUUGGGCCUCAAGGUGAGCCUGGUCCUCCAGGACAGCAAGGCAACCCUGGUGCUCAGGGACUUCCAGGACCUCAAGGAGCCAUCGGAGCCCCAGGAGAUAAGGGUCCAACAGGGAAACCAGGCUUACCAGGCAUGCCAGGAGCUGAUGGACCUCCGGGCCACCCAGGAAAGGAAGGUCCAGCUGGUGAGAAAGGUCACAUGGGACCACCUGGAGCACAAGGACCGAUCGGAUAUCCUGGCCCCCGAGGUGUGAAGGGUGCUGAUGGAGUUCGGGGGUUAAAAGGAAACAAGGGUGAAAAGGGAGAAGAUGGUUUCCCUGGAUUUAAAGGAGAUAUGGGUAUCAAGGGUGAUCGGGGUGAGCUAGGACCUGCAGGACCCAGAGGAGAGGACGGUCCUGAGGGACCUAAAGGACGAGCUGGACUUCCUGGAGAUGCUGGACCUCUUGGAGCAAGUGGAGAGAAGGGCAAGCUUGGUGUCCCAGGAUUGCCAGGUUAUCCUGGAAGACAAGGGCCAAAGGGUUCUCAAGGAUUCCAAGGCUUCCCUGGAGCCAAUGGAGAAAAGGGAACAAGGGGAACAGCUGGAAAGCCUGGACCACGAGGACAGCGAGGACCUACUGGCCCUCGUGGAGAAAGAGGCCCCAGGGGACCCACAGGAAAAGCAGGACCAAAGGGCAAUUCAGGAAGCGAUGGACCUCCAGGACCACCAGGUGAACGGGGUCUGCCAGGACCUCAGGGAUCAACUGGAUUUCCUGGGCCUAAAGGGCCUCCUGGACCAGCUGGAAAAGAUGGACUGCCUGGGCACCCCGGCCAGAGAGGAGAGACAGGUUUCCAAGGAAAGACUGGACCUCCUGGACCUCCAGGUGUGCUAGGACCUCAGGGAGCAACAGGUGAAACCGGACCAAUGGGAGAGCGAGGCCAUCCUGGACCUCCAGGACCACCAGGUGAACAAGGUCUGCCUGGACCUGCUGGUAAAGAGGGAGCCAAGGGAGAUCCAGGUCCGGCAGGCCCUGCUGGUAAAGAUGGACCCCAAGGACUGCGAGGUUUUCCUGGAGAGAGGGGGUUACCUGGGACUGUUGGAACUGCAGGUUUGAAAGGGAAUGAAGGACCACCAGGUCCACCUGGACCUGCUGGUUCACCUGGUGAGCGAGGUCCUGCUGGUCCGACAGGUCCCACUGGACCCCCUGGACGCCCAGGACCUCAGGGACCCCCAGGGCCUGCUGGAGAGAAAGGUGGACCGGGAGAAAAAGGACCUCAAGGCCCUGCUGGUAGAGAUGGUAUUCAAGGUCCUGUUGGUUUGCCAGGUCCUGCUGGACCUCUUGGACCUCCGGGAGAAGAUGGAGAUAAGGGUGAGAUCGGUGAGCCUGGUCAGAAAGGUAGCAAAGGAGAUAAAGGAGAGCAGGGUCCUCCUGGGCCAACUGGCCCCCAAGGGCCAAUUGGUGCACCUGGUCCUGCUGGAGCUGAUGGAGAGCCCGGUCCGAGAGGACAGCAGGGUUUGUUUGGGCAGAAAGGAGAUGAGGGACCACGAGGAUUCCCUGGACCACCUGGACCUGUUGGCCUUCAGGGCUUGCCUGGACCUCCUGGUGAGAAAGGAGAAACUGGAGAUGUUGGUCACAUGGGUCCACCUGGUCCUCCUGGUCCCCGAGGCCCCUCUGGACCUCCAGGAGCCGAUGGACCCCAAGGCCCCCCUGGAGGCAUUGGAAACCCUGGGGCUGUGGGAGAGAAGGGAGACCCAGGUGAAGCUGGAGAGCCCGGCUUGCAAGGCGACGUUGGUCCUCCGGGACCAAGAGGAGAACGAGGAGAGAAAGGAGAAGCUGGUCCUGCUGGUUCUGCUGGUCCACCAGGACCUAAGGGCCCUCCUGGUGAUGAUGGUCCUAAAGGAAGUCCAGGUCCAAGUGGUUUUCCUGGUGACCCUGGACCUCCUGGAGAGCCUGGUCCACAUGGUUUGGAUGGUCCUCCUGGUGACAAAGGUGAUGACGGGGAGCCUGGUCAGCCUGGAUCUCCAGGACCAACUGGUGAAUCUGGACCAACUGGACCUCCAGGAAAGAGAGGUCCUCCAGGAGUGGCAGGACCUGAGGGACGACAGGGAGAGAAAGGAGCAAAGGGCGAGGCUGGUCUUGAGGGUCCACAGGGUAAGACAGGUCCUGUUGGACCCCAAGGUGCUCCUGGCAAGCCUGGUUCUGAAGGAUUGCGAGGAAUACCUGGCCCAGUAGGAGAACAAGGUCUGCCUGGGUCUCCCGGACCCGAUGGACCCCCAGGACCUAUGGGUCCUCCUGGACUACCCGGACUGAAAGGAGACACUGGAGUUAAAGGAGAAAAGGGUCAUCCAGGUCUGAUUGGUUUGAUUGGGCCUCCUGGAGAGCAGGGAGAGAAAGGAGACAGAGGACUGCCCGGACCACAGGGAACAGCCGGACCCAAAGGAGACACUGGUAUUGCUGGCCCUGCUGGACCUCUGGGACCGAUUGGACCUCCUGGAUUGCCUGGACCCCCUGGUCCUAAAGGAGCUAAAGGAUCAUCAGGUCAAACAGGACCAAAGGGAGAAACAGGAGUACCAGGACCUCCAGGUCCACCGGGUCCACCAGGCGAUGUCAUCCACCCGCUGCCCAUGCAUUCAAGCCCGAAGAGAGCACGGCGGAACGUAGAUGCCAGCCAAAUAGCAGAUGACGCGCCCGAUGCCAACUAUAAGGAUUAUGAGGAUGGCAUGGAGGAGAUUUUUGGCUCACUCAACUCCCUCAAGCAGGAGAUCGAACAGAUGAAACACCCACUGGGCACCAAGAACAACCCAGCACGCACCUGCAAAGACCUGCAACUCUGCCACCCUGAAUUUCCUGAUGGGGAGUACUGGAUUGAUCCAAACCAGGGCUGCUCACGAGAUUCUUUCAAGGUUUACUGCAACUUUACGGCUGGAGGAGAGAGCUGUAUCUUCCCAGAUAAAAAGAGUGAAGGGAGCAAAAUGGCUCGCUGGCCCAAAGACAGCCCAGGCACUUGGUAUAGUCGCUACAAACGGGGGUCCAUGCUCUCUUACAUGGAUGCUGAGGACAAUCCAAUUGGUGUGGUCCAAAUGACAUUUCUACGCUUGCUAAGUGCCUCGGCCCGGCAGAAUCUCACAUAUAACUGCUACCAGUCCGUGGCCUGGCAUGACCAGGAGCUAAACUCGCACGACAAGGCCAUCCGCUUCCUGGGCUCCAACGACGAAGAGAUGUCCCAUGACAACAAUCCAUAUAUUAGUGCCAUCAUCGAUGGAUGUGCGUUGAAAAAGGGCUAUGAAAAGACUAUUCUAGAGAUCAACACACCAAAAGUGGAGCAGAUACCAUAUGUUGACAUCAUGUUCAACGACUUCGGUGGAGCGACGCAGAAGUUUGGCUUUGAGGUUGGCCCGGCCUGCUUUAUUGGUUAAGACUGUUUACUGAGCGCACCAGGAAAAAAAAACAAAAAACAACCACAUUCAUUUUCUCAGAAACCAAAGAAAGGAAUAGGACAACAUAUUUUCUAAAGAUUUGUGUUUCCAAAAUAAAACAACGUAACAUAGAAAGGAUAAAAGAAAUUUAAGAAAAUAAAGAAUGGAUUUCAAAAAAAAAAAAAGAAAAAAAAAAAAAAGAAACUUUUUUUGACCUCAGUGUACCUGUCUCUGUCACAUGCAAGUUUUGAAACUGGAUUAGCUGAAUGCUAGCUAGCUAACCCUAUGCUUUAAUUGCCACGUUCUGACCACAUCUUACCACCCAUGCUGUAAAGGUGCAGGAUAUAGCAACAGUAAUCCUCCAUCUUUGAUGCACUUCCUGCAGGUGGAAACAUCCUCACACACUCCACCUGGUUUUAGCUCUGUCUGGUUUCUGCUUGCAUUUAUUCAUUGUUUCAUUUUCCCCCCAGUACUUCAAUGAACUUUAUUUUGUGCAUAUUUGUUCUCCCAUUCCCUGGAAUGGUGCUUAUAUAUAAAUAUAUAUAUAAAUAUUUUUUGUAUGUUUGUAAGUACUUUCUGUAUAUUUCUCUGUUUUUUUUUUCUUGUUUCUUUUUUUUGUGCUUCAAAACAUGCAUGUGAACCAUUGAGCGAGAAGGACCGCAGCGAUGCUAAUGAUUAGUGCAAAUAAAGUUUCGCAUUUCAACAAUAAGAGUCAUCAUAGAGAAAAUUAGAUAGCAGAGAAAAAUUCAAUAAAAUGUCAGAAACCCCAUGAAGAAAACAUUAUGUCCUGUUGCAGGCGUGACCCCGUCCUUUUUUUUUUUUUGGUCAUUUCACACGACUGAAUGAAAAUAAAAGUCAGAACAAGCAAUAAUAGCAAGUUCACAUCAAACUGAUUUUGCUCUUGUGUUGUCUUGUUAAAAUCACAGGAUAUCUGAACGAUUCUAUCCUUUAUCCUUUUUCUAUCAAACCUUGUGCUCGAGUCUAUCAGAAAGCACACGCAAUGAACGACCGUUUCAUUGAGGAAACACUAUAUCAGUAAACUAGGUGCUAUUUCCUUCUGCCUGUGGUGCUAUAUACAUAUAUAUUUUCCAUUGUUUUGUUUAUUUGUUUAAAAUUAUUCACAGAUGAUGUUGAAACAUCUUCCAUUUCUUUCAUCACAUCUUUUCUGGGUAGCGGGCCCUGUGUCUUGUGUGGGUAAAUAUUUUUAUGCAUGACAAUCCAUCAUAUUCAUUGAUAAAGCAAAAAUUUUGACCUCGUAACUAACAGAUUUAUCUCUUUGCCAUCACCCCACACACUGUUGUUGAACGUGCAGUAUGCAAACUGUAAAGCGGCGCUUUGUCUGGAGAUUAUUUAUGUACUUUCGCAUAGUCCUCCAUCGCACAUUUAUUCCCAUGAAUUUAAACUGUAGUAAGAAAAAAAAGAAAGAAAGAAUUUUUAAAAGGUAGUAAUUGUUUUACGGUGUUUGUGGACCUACAGCUUUACUGUGGACAUGAGUGCAAUGAGCAGUUCACCUCAAGCAGUUAGAUGUCCAUAAAGUCUUCAGUGGGGAGAUUAUUAUUAUUAUUAUUAUUUUGUACAGGGAAGAACUUGACCUCUGUUGCCAGAGCCAAAUACAGAGGACCAACUAAUCUACUGUCCUCCUAUUCUCAGGCCAAAGAUAUUCUCAUGGCUUUAGGCUUCAUGAAAUACACUUAAUGACCAGAAAGUCACUUUAUUUAAGACUGUGGAACUGUGGGGUAGAUCGAUUUCCCAUUUAUUAUAAUUCUUAAGAGCCUUGGUUUAAAAAGAAAAUGAACUUUCUUGUCUUUCUUCCCUGUUUAUUCUGCAUUUCUUUGCCACUAGUCCCUAAUGCACUCAUCUUACACCACUAUGCCAGCGACUCUGCUUUGCAUUCUGUUCAUUUGAAAUAUGACUUGAAUUGCUUUUUAAAAUGAUUCAUUCAACACAUAAAAAUUCAUAAUGUUUAAGAAAAUAACCAGUUUUGUAAAUUUCCACACAAAAAAAAGCCAUGAUGCUGCCAAUAAAAGAAUUCUGUGUUGUUUGUUUUUUUUGUUUUUGUUUUUUUGAAUAUUUGUCUUUUGUUGUGUUGUCUGUUUUAAGGUCUUGUUAAACCUGUGUAAGAGAGGAUAGAAGAUAUAUUGUUUUUUUGUGUCAAUAAAUUCAAAUUUACUGUG